CGCGUACAGAGCAUCUAUUCCGUCGGAUUGAGUCGAUAUUAGUAAAUCAACUUACCUGAACCAUGCCCGACGAGCAACCGGCAAAACCGCUGCCUUUCCAGGAUAUGCACAACGAAGCUCUGUAUCAGCGAUACCUGAAGUACUGGGAAGGUCUGUGUCUUACGGCUAAUCAGCUACAACCCCACCUCUUCCUCGGUCCACCUAUCGAAGUCGCGCACGUCCCCGCCUUUAGUCAAUACCUCAAAGGCUACCUUCACCCAGUCCUUCCCCUCGACCAAUCCGAUUUCAUCGAAGCAGAUUGUACUGCUGUGUGGUGCAUUGAGUCCACCGUGGCCGGUAUCGCUCCUCCUGUCGUCCAAUCCGAUCAGUACCUCAUGCUCGGCGUGACGAAAGAGGCCGCCGUUUUCUCCACGUUUGAUAAUGAUAUGCCAGCCCCCACUCCCGCUGUGCUAUCCGGUGUGCGCACGCUCGAUGCUGCUCAUCAGGGUGCCAGUGAAGAUUGCCCUACAGUACAGACUCCUGUCCACGACAACCACCUCGCCAUGCUGACCCUCGCGUGGUCUUAUAUUCUUUCCGCUCAUUGGUCGGAGACUCAGGGCGGAUCUAUUCUAUUCGCGUCGGCUGCGCCAAUUGGUGCACCAACGAGCCUCGAGUUGAGGGAGACCGAGACAGAUCACCAUCGCGUUCGUACUCACGACUCAGAUGCGGCAGUCUGGUGGGCUCACGUCCUAGCUCCCGAAGCAGGCUGGUUGGCCAGCAUCCAACGUUUCGACACCACCUUCCACUCGCCGUGGUCCAUUCGACCAAAGAGUACAGCUCCAUUAUUCUAUGUCGAGGGACCUACACCCCUCCCUGGGUCGCAGAUUGCUCCUGACUCGGCUAGAGCAUAUUCGUUUCUGGAAAGCUACGUUUCAGCUUACGGCCUGGCAGAGCAGGCUGAAAUGGCCCUGUUCGCUACACUUCUCGUCCCAUCCCACCUGAGGAGGAACAGCCGUUACAGACUCCCAUCCCCGUGCCAUGUAGUAGACAUGUUCCCACCACUGACAUCCAGAGAAGGCCGCACACUCAGAGCCCUUUCAUCCGUCCCGCGACUGAUGACAAUAAGCGCAACCGACCCCACUCUCAUCUUGCGAAACGCACUCUACAACCCCGAAGUGGACUGCACGUGCGCUAAAGAGUGGGCAAUGGCUGCGUCGCGAAGGUGGCCUGAAUCUUCUGGGUCUGCGGCCGUGAUGGGCUGUCUUCGAUCGCCUCAAGCUGCCUGGUGGUGGUUAGCUGCCGGUGUUACCGGUUUCUCGCAACAAAUACGAUCUAUCUCUGGUGAAGCAAGCUCCAAUUUGGUGCUCGCAGCGUGGACGGGAAUAACCCAAGGAUACCUGACCUCUUCUAUUUCUCGUGGCGUUUGCAUCAGCGUCAAGCACGAUGAGGAAAGCGGACAGGAUCUCAUCCUGAGAGAGGAAGAAAUGCUCGCCCUUCUCAUUUCGACGGUGGACAAUGCUACAGGAAAGAUUUAUGUCCCCGUCGUCGCUGACUGGAAGCCUGUUGGGUAUUCUAUCUUAUCGAAAAGUACGGAUACGGUUCAGCAAGUCGCGAAGCACAGCGCAUCGCUGCGACUUGUGUAUCGCUGCCUAGUAUGGAAUAAUGCUAUGCAGGGCAUACAUCAAGAGUUCGACGACGACGACCCGCCUAGAAAUCGGAAGCGUAUAGCAACUAUCACAAAUGAUGUUGCCAUCAAGGAAACCUUUAUGCACCUCGCGGACUGGAGGGGCCCAGACGCAGACAAAACCGGUGAUUUUUAUAUCGACGAAUGGACCAAGCCAUGGGAUCUUGUAUUGUCAGAGUCGGCUGUUUCCUCGGGCGUCGGUAGUAUGUAAUAAAACUGUGUCGGCAUGAUGCGAGAGGUUUGUUUUGAGUUUGAAGGCUGAGGGAAGUAGAUAUCAUCGGAGUGGAGCAUAAAACACCGUCGAACCCCACCAGUAUGUAGAGAGGUCACAGCUAGUCUGAUAUGUUAUCGACGAUCCUCC